AUUUUAUUCCAAUUAUCAUAAUAUCUGAAAAAUAUCACCUGGUUUCUGAGUUUCAAGUGUUACAAUAGAGUGGUGUCCCCUUGGAUUCAUGCACUACACUAGAAAUGUUACGAUUUGUGUCAUUUUGUACUUUGUCAAACAAACCCACUCAAAUUAAAACAUUUCUAAAUUGUAGUAUCUCUAAAAACAACUAUUUUACAAAGUUUAGAAGAGAAAAAAUUGUCAUUAAUUCCCAGCGAAACAGUCAUAAUUUUUCAAGUAACACUGUAAACUGGACAACAAAAGUUAAGCAAAAUAUUUACACUAAAAGCAAAAUUGUGUGUUUCGUGUUGGCAGGUGUUCUUGGAGUUAAAUAUUUUGUGACAUCAUCAUCAUGCGAAGAGGUGAAACGUAACAGCAAAGUGAUUGGACAGAAAAUCACUCUACAGGAAGCGAUCGAGAAAGGAAGAGAUCUAGCUUUAAGAAUCAAGGAUGAGACAGGAAGUCCGGGACUCAUUGUGGCUGUCAGCUGUGAUGGAAAACAAGUCUGGGCAGAAGGAAUGGGUUUCGCAGAUGUUGAAAACAGAGUUCCUUGUACACCAGAAUCUGUGAUGCGAAUUGCCAGCAUCAGCAAAUCCAUUACCAUGACAGCUGUUGCUAGGCUAUGGGAAAGUGGCAAGUUAGAUUUGGAUGCACCAAUACAGCAGUAUGUCCCAGACUUUCCAGAGAAGACAGUUAACGGAGAAAAGGUUGCCAUAACAACGAGACAUCUGGUUUCUCAUCUAGCGGGUAUUCGAAAUUAUGACAAGACAUAUAUGGAUAAGAAAUCUAAAGCUGAGAAAACUUCCAAGAAAGAAAAUGAAAAGAAAGCUGUCGGUGGAGAAAAUGAGGAGAAAAGUCCAGUGGAUUUCAGCGAAUUUUACAUCAAAGAUUACUACCAGACAGUGAAAGAUGGGCUGAAGCUGUUCAAGGAUGAUUCUCUUGUGCAUAAACCAGGAAGUAAUUUCCUCUACACGACUCAUGGCUGGACACUGGUCAGUGCGGUCGUGGAAGGGGCAGCCAAGAAGUCCUUCACCGUUGUCAUGGAAAUGCUCUUUAAAGACCUAGGAAUGGAAAACACCUAUCUAGAUCUCAACGACAUUCUGAUUUACCACAGGUCGAGAAAUUACAUAAAAGAUAAAAAUGGACGUCUUCGGAAUGCACCAUACGUUGACAACUCAUACAAGUGGGCAGGAGGUGGAUUUCUGUCCACUGUGGAAGACCUCGUCAAGUUUGGCAAUGCUAUGCUCUACAGUUUCCAGCAGACACCAAAGACCUCUGGUCAGUCGAAAUCCAGAUCUGGCAACUUGGGAAGAAAAUCAGCUACCGAUGUAAAGUCACAGAUGAAAACUAAUGCACCUGAUAAUAAAGGACAAGAUCCUGUCCAGUCAGGAUUCAGUUCUGGUCAUUUGACUGGAACACCGACUGCGACUGUAAAGCCUAAAGAAAGAACCUCUGUUGAUAAGGUGAGGAAUAACCGUGACACCCGUGAUGACAAUCUGCCUGGUUAUUUAAAGGCAGAGACUAUGCGAGCCUUGUGGAGCCCUGUCAACAAGACAGUGUGUUCGUGGGACAAGUCCGGAAAGUAUGGCAUGGGCUGGGCUGUCAUUCCAGAGAAACACGAACAAGGAGAAUGCCUCCAUCAGCGGUACUACGUCUCACACACAGGGGGCGCUGUUGGAGCAAGCAGCGUGUUACUAGUGUUGCCAGACAAGGCUUGGCAGGAGAGAGAGGACAGCCGUGCUCCAAAGGGAGUAGUGGUUGCAGUUGUUGUCAACAUGAUUUCCAUUGGACUAAAUACAACAGCUUUGAAAAUAGCGAAAAUAUUUGAAGAGGUUAAUUUGGAGCAGGCUGAGAGUGAGACUCAAUGAAUUGAG